CAAACAGCAGAGUCUUAUCAUGAGGAGCGGUGUCGUAAUGACUGGACAGACCAGCGUGAUGUUGUGCAAACGCUUUCAUGUUGCACAGCUAUUAUGAAAGCUUAAUGUUAAACGUUAGCCAGCCAGCCAGCUAACUAGCUAAAGACCAGUGUUAAGCUGCCUGAAACCUGUUCUCAAGCUGUUUCAUGCCAGUCGUUUCAAACAAUAGACGUUUGGCAGCUUGCCCCAUCGCUGCCCUUGCAGGAGGACUUUGUCUAUCACUGGAAGGCCAUUACACAUUAUUACAUUGAGACUUCUGAUGACAAAGCUCCAGUUACAGACACCAACAUCCCAUCCCACCUGGAACAGAUGCUGGACAUCCUGACCCAGGAGGAAGCAGAAAGGGAGUCUGGAGAGACAGGACCCUGUAUGGAGUAUCUCCUACACCAUAAGAUCCUGGAGACUCUCUACACCUUGGGCAAGGCUGAUUGUCCUCCAGGGAUGAAGCAGCAGGUGCUUACCUUCUACACAAAGCUGCUAGCACACAUUCGUCAGCCUCUCCUGCCACACAUCAAUGUCCACAGACCUGUACAGAAACUGGUCCGUCUGUGUGGGGAGGUGCUGGCUGCUCCUACCGAAAAUGAAGAGAUUCAGUUCCUUUGCAUAGUCUGUGCCAAACUGAAGCAGGACCCAUACCUUGUCAACUUCUUCCUUGAGAACAAGUCAAGGAGACCUGAGACGAAAAGUCCUGAAAGAGCAGAGUGUGUGAAGGAGAAUGUUUUGGCUCCAGACACUGGUCAAUCUCUGGCAGAUGAACAGGCUGACUGCCUAGAGGAGCCACAGGCUGCUGCUGCUGCCUCCACCUCCAGUCCAAUUACCAACAACAAUAACAGCAACAAUUACAAUCUUGUCACCUCCCUGCUCAACCUCACAAAGAGCCCUGAUGGCAGAAUAGUGGUGAAGGCAUGUGAGGGCUUAAUGCUGCUGGUCAGUUUACCAGAGCCUGCUGCUGCCAAGUGUUUAAUUGAAAACACUGAGCUCUGUGAGCUUCUGACUGACAGGCUUGUCUCCUUCUAUAAAGCCCUGCCACAGUCCAUAGACCCCUUGGACGUUGAGACAGUGGAGUCAGUCAACUGGGGUCUGGAUGUAUAUAACCUGAAGGAGGAUGCUGCUGUCUUCACAGGGAAGAGGGCUCUCAUUUCCUUCCUGUCCUGGCUAGAUUACUGCGACCAGCUCAUAAAGGAGGCUCACAAGUCAGCAGCUGAAGUGAUGGCAAAAGCAGUGAGAGAUAGAUUCUUUGUGGCUGUGAUGGAACCACAGCUUAUGCAGACGUCCGAGGUGGGCAUCCUGACCUCCACAGCCCUGUUGAACAGGAUCAUCAGACAGGUGACAUCAGAGGCUCUGCUGCAGGAGAUGGUUUACUUCCUGCUGGGGGAGGAGAAAGAUCCCGAAACUCCAACUACGAUCGCUCAGAAUCCACUCAGACACAGACUUAUCGAACAUUGCGACCACCUGUCAGACGAGAUCAGCAUCAUGACACUGCGGCUAUUUGAGCAGCUGAUCCAGAAGCCCAACCAGCACAUCCUCCACAGUUUGGUGCUGCGUAGCCUGGAGGAGAGGAACUACCUGGAGAACAAACCGCAGGAGGAGCGGGAGCCCAUGGAGAAUGGCCAGCCCCAUGAUGCUGUAGACCUUGAGGAGGAUCCACUGUUUGGUGAUGACCUCUCUUCAGACAGCAGGCUGUCUGGUUCUGAUUGGCUCAGCUCCUCUCCCCAACAGAGUCCUGACCACUCAAAGUCUGAUGGGAAGACAGAGGUCCACAAGAUUGUCAACAGUUUCCUGUGUUUGGUGCCUGAUGAGGCCAAGUCGUCAUAUCACGUUGAAGGCACAGGCUAUGACACCUACCUCAGAGAUGCACACAGACAGUUCAGGGACUAUUGUGGGGUCUGCCAGCGGUGGGACUGGAGAGGAAAUCCAAAGCCCUUUGAGAAGUGUAACUUGGACAUCCCGUUCUUCGAGGGCCAUUUCCUCAAGGUUCUCUUCGACAGGAUGGGUCGCAUCCUAGAUCAGCCCUACGAUGUUAACCUGCAGGUGACCGCUGUGCUGUCCAAGCUAUCUUUGUUACCACACCCCCACUUGCAUGAGUACCUGCUGGAUCCCUAUAUCAGCCUGGCCCCUGGCUGCAGGUCCCUGUUCUCUGUCAUCGUCAGGGUGGUGGGAGAUCUCAUGUUGAGGAUUCAUCGCAUCCCAGACUUCACACCCAAACUGCUGCUUGUGAGGAAGAGAUUAUUAGGUCUAGAGCCAGAGGGCAUCAAUGUCGACCACAUGACUCUUCUGGAGGGCGUGAUCGUGUUAGAGGAGUUCUGCAAAGAGUUGGCAGCCAUCGCCUUUGUCAAAUAUCACGCAGCUGCCUCCUCCUCACCAUAAUCAUUCCUGCUGUUCAUCCAUCUGCCUCGGCUAGGCAGAUAGGUCAGGAUAACCUGGGCCUUUGGGGUGUGGUGGUACCGGUGGCACAGGAUCAGCAAAACGUUACCACUAAGUGCUCACCCCUGCAGGACUGUUAGAGCCCAUAUGGACGGGUUUCAUCACUCCCCCUCCUCUGGCCUCUUGGGCUGCACCAUAAAAAGUCUUUGGUCUUGUUUUUGAGCAGGUCAGAGCAAAGACACUGACCAGCCAGCAGGUGAAUAAGAGGAGGAGGAGGAUAGAGGCUGAGGUGCAGAGAGAUGUUCACCGGACUCUUUUCAGCCUCUGCAAUUUCUCUCACUGCCCCCUUCUCCCCUUCCAUCUUUCUUUCUCACCAGCCAAAAGAUGAUAGCUCUGUAAUUAUUAUGUCAAAGAAGAAAGAUGUUUGUGUAUUUAUUUUGUGUCCCAUUGUCACCCAUUUGUAAAUGUCAUUGCCUUAGUGUGGUAUCACACCUUUUCAGUUACAGAAAAUUGUUUCCUUUUGAAACAUUUUUAUCUUAACCCCUCACAUGUUGUCUGUUUGAAGACAAGAGGCUGUAGAGAAAAAAUGCCCACUACCUUCAACCCUCAUAUGUACCUGUAGUUACAUAAAUACUGAACUGCAGUAUUUACGAUACUGCACUCAUAUUUUAAAUGCCAAGUCCUCUUAUUUAUUUGUUUGCUUUCAGGUUGCCUUUUUAACUAAUGUCGUAUUAAGAUAAAAUGAAUUUAAAACAGUCAAAAUCAUGACUGACUACGCAGAUGCUUUUUAUUUUGUAUUCCUCGUCUUUCCUCGGUUUGACUUUAAGUGCUUCGUCUGUUAUCCCCAUGACCCAAAGAUGUCACCAUCCAUCACAUUUAUUCAAUGAAAUGGUGAAUUUUGCACAUCGACCUCAUUGCAUUGCACUUGUUACAUUAUUCAAGGUUAUUCAUGCUUUUUCUUUGGUUGGCUUUUAGGAAAUGUCAUGUUGGCAUUUGUGGAAAGAGACAUCUCGUUUUUGAUUCUACAUUAGUUUUUGUUCUGAAAUGUCGUUCUCCAGACUCAGUGUUGCAUUUCCCAUGUUUGUUUUAUCCAAGAGAGACUCUGUAUUGUUUUUUACACCCUGGUAGUUCUCAACAGUUAGUUUGCCCUAUUCAACGGAGGGUGCAGAGGAACAAACCUCUGGACUCUACUGACCAGUGUCUUAAAUUCAUCCUUAACUUGGGUCAUGUCCUAGCUUACAGCAGUGGUUCCUGAAUCACAUUGUUGCUGUUAUUUGAAAUUGUCCGAUAAUUCGCAAGAAAAAAACAAAUGUUAGAAGAAAGUCUGACAAAGAAACAUUUUUGCAUAGCUCCCCCCCAGUUUGGAAACCACUGGCUACAGUAUCCUAAGAGCUCUGGGUUCUUCCAUAGGUUAGCAUCACUUCAUAUGAGGUUGCGUUUACUAGCAGUAUUACUUUUUCAUACUGAUCUUGGAUGAUGAGGAAAUGUACUCACAGUACUGUGUAUUGCAGGAACAGGUUGGUUGGUUGUAUGUUGCCUAGAUAUCUCUGGAGGUAACUUCAAAUCAAAGCCUAAACUGAUGGAUCAGUAAUUCAUUCCAUAACGUUUCCCUUAGUCUAAAUUAAGAUGCUACUUAAUGUAACUUUGGCUCUUGUCUUAUGUUCUCAGUGUGAAUGUUUCCAUGAUUGGUAGGUAGGUGUGUUUGACAAUGAGCUCGUUGAGGUGUGUUUGUCUGACCCCCCCCUCUGGUCCUACCUUAAGCCCUACCUUAAGCCCAUCACAUCACUCAAGCACCUAAGCUACAUUAUGCAACAACUUGCAUGGAAUCAGAUUUGCACAUUGUCUUUCUUCAUCUGUGUUCAUAAUGUAAAUAUACACAACAAAAAGCUUUUUUUUUUUCCUCCAAAUGUUUUGUUUCAUAAACCAAAAAAAAAAA